UUUACCUCUUUGUACAGAAGAUUACCGCGUUAUUGUUCUGACCCGGGAGAGAGAGAGAGAGAGCGAUGUUGUUUUGUUAUUGUUAAUUUUCAUUUGUAUCCCAAUUUCUUGAGCCUCAAGAUGGAUACAACUUCAAAUCCAACCACAAAUGCAGAAAUGCCACCACCUCAGACCAAAGAGGUUAUAAAAAAUGACAAAGCUGUAGUGGAGAUUUUGGAUUCUGAUUCUGAUGGUGAUGAACCCAUCUAUAAGUUCAAUUUUGACAUUGAGGAUCUAAUUGCAUCUACGCUAAACGAGUUUGGAGAUCCAGAGAAAAAUGAAGAAUCGCCAAAAAUUACCCAAGCACUCACUGAUCUUAGUGGACAGAUUAAGGGAAUUGAGAGAAAACAGAAGGAAAUUGAAAAGAUCUUUAGUAAUUGUGAGGAAAGAUUAAGAAUUUAUCAACAAGAGCUGGAGGAGGCAGAUAAAGAGGAAAUAAGUGAUGAAGAAUCAAGUGUGAGGUUGAAAGAAGUGGCAGCUGAGAUGGAAGCGAGGGAGGCUGCUGAAGCCAAUGCUAAGAAUGAAGAAACUGACUCAGACGAUGAUGUCCAAUUCAUCGCUUCUUCCUUUGAUCCAGAAGUUGCGGCUAAAAAUAAGAGACUUCAAGUGUUGAAAAUUCCACCAGGCUCUAACCAGAAAUGUUCUUCUCCAACUCUGGCUAACCUGAGACAGGCUUUGACAGGUGCAAUUAACGAUUCCAUCAAUCAGCAACAGCAGGGGAGCAGCACUCAGCCCUCAACAAAGAGUUCGUCAGUACUAUCCAGUGCACAGACUAGGGUGGCAUAUCAUGAGCUGGCAUUAGAUGUUAAGGUGGGAAGCAAGGUGCUUGGAAAGAAACACAAUGACAUUUGGUACAAAGGUACAGUGGCGGACAUGACAGAUGAGCAGGACGUGGCUAAUAGGGAUUACACUGUGAAGUUUGAUGGCAAAGGAAAGAAGACACUGAGGGCUCUAAACUGCGCUUUUAAGGACCCACUGAGUAAGCCAGUGGCCGUGGGAACCAGGGUGGUCGCACUCUACAAGGAUGAAGAGUCGAUGGCCUCGUUCUACGCUGGAAUUGUCGCUGAAACCCCCAACCAGAGAAAUGCUUACAGAUACCUGAUAUUCUUUGAUGAUGGCUAUGCUCAAUAUUCACGGUCAGACGACAUCCAUAAAGUAUUGGCUCAGAGUUUGAAUGUUUGGGAAGAUAUCCAUCAGGAUUCUCAGGAAUUUAUCAAAGAUUACCUCAAACAGUACCCAGAAAGACCAAUGGUCAGACUGAACAAGGGUCAAACAGUGAGAACAGAAUGGAAUGGAAAAUGGUGGACUGCGAAGGUGGAGGAAGUGGAUUCCAGUUUGGCCAAGAUGUAUUUCCUGGCGGAUAAAAGGAUAGAAUGGAUCUACAGGGGUUCAACAAGGCUGGAACCUCUGUUUACUGCUCUGUCCAAUGCAAACAAAGCCACAGGUAAAAUGAGACGUACAAACAUGCCUACCAAUAAAAAACAUGUGGUGGAGUAUACCAGGGGAAAUUCGGAGGAUGGAAACCUACAGCAGAGUAACCAAGCAGGCCCAAAGAUGAUGAAGAAUCAGGGUAGUCCAUCACCAGCUCCUCUUUCUGUGCCAAAGGCCCCAACUCCUAGUCCUUCAGGCCCAGUGAAGAAGAGAUCAGUGGCCCGGAAGAGUACCACAGGGUCCAGCCAAUCAAAUCAGUCCAACACAGGGUCCAGCCAAUCAAAUCUGUCCAAUCUUCUCAGCCAGGAGAAGGAGGUGGAGGCUCAGGCAACAAAGUGGGAGGGUCCUUGGUUGAAAUUAAAUAAACGACACUCAUCUGUCAACGCCAGUGGUGCCACUACUAAACAGUCGAGGGAAAUAUACUCUGCCAGCAGCAUAAGUAGUAACAAAACGGGAACAGACAUGGCCAGUGUGCUGCAAGAGAGAUUGUCUAAAGUGGCCAAGGACGAAAUUCCAGAGGAAGAAUCAUUUGGAGAGAGACUGGAAUCAAAUACAUGUAUACCUGUAAAGGACCAAAUCAGAAAAAUGUUCACACCUCAUUUAUGUGGACCCCAAUGUCUCCAGGAGGAUGACCCAGAGAAGUACAAGGGAACUAACCCCCUCUUAAUUCCUCUGCUGUGUGGCUGGGAAAGACAAGUAUGUAAAAUCAAGCCAGCGUAUAGGAGAAUUGUGUUGUAUCGAGCCCCUUGUGCCCGGCGACUACGCAGCAUGGAUGAAGUGGACUACUUUCUGGAGCUGACCGACAGCAGUCUAACCAUUGAUCUUUUCUGCUUUGAUCCACAGCUCCAUGUCCAUAAGGAGUUUGUACCGGUCAAGACAUUCUGUGACAUUAAGGACUUGUCUUAUGGCAAGGAGAAUGUCCCUAUAUCCUGCGUGAAUGCCAUAGACAGAUUAUAUCCAGACUAUGUGGAGUAUUCCAAUGUCCGGAUCCCAACAAAGGGAGUCAAACUGAACCUGGAUCAGGAAUUCUUGGUCUGCUGUGACUGCACGGACAAUUGUAGGGAUAAAUCUAAGUGUGCCUGUCAACAAAUGACGGUAGAAUCCACCUCCGUGUCGGGCGGGAAAACUAAUCCUGAGGCUGGUUAUCAGUACAGGCGACUUCAGGAGCCCAUAGUAACAGGCAUCUAUGAAUGCAAUUCCAAGUGUAAAUGUGACAAUCGCUGUGUGAACAGAGUGGCCCAGAAUCCCCUCACAGUCAGACUGCAGGUGUUCAAAACAGAGAAGAGAGGCUGGGGUUUGAGAUGUCUGGAUGAUAUUCCAACUGGGGGAUUUAUCUGUAUCUAUGCUGGACAACUGCUGACAGAGCAGGGAGCAAACACAGAUGGGCAGCAGUAUGGAGAUGAAUACCUGGCUGAGUUAGACUACAUGGAGGUGGUGGAGGGAUUUAAGGAGGGGUAUGAGAGUAGUGCAGAUCCGGAUGAGGGGCUUGGAGAAAAUAGCGAUGAAGAGGAAGAGGAAGAAGAGGAAGAAAGUGAGGAUGAGGAGCACAAUGACAGUAACUCAGACAGUGAUUAUGAUGGAAAAGUGAGAAGCACAUCCAGCUCACAAGACAACCCCCACCAUACCAGAGAAAUGAGGACUUUAAGGAAGAAUAGAAUAGCCAUACGGGGAACAAGGACUAAAAAACAACAGGGAAGCACAGAGACAAAAGAAGAAAACAAGAAGGAAGCUUGUAAACUGGUUCUCCGGCGGGAUUCUUCAAGGUCCACAGAUCACGAGGAAUGGACCGUCAAGUUUGGGAUCCCAGGUGAGAAUUCCCAGCAGACAAACGAUGUCAUCUUGAUUAACGAUGAUGACGAUGAGGAGGACCAUCAAAUCCAACCCCCCACUAACGAUGCCAAGUUGUUAAAGUCUGCCUCCAACGACUCCCUGGACUCGGAUUCACUGCCGGAUCUGGACGAGGACAUGUCCACUCAGAAAUCCGUGAAAAAGGAAUUGAUACGGGAGAAACCAGUUUUGGAUCAAGGUCACGCCAAAGUAACUCAAACAUUUACAGCUCGCAGGAGUACCACCUCACGGUUUAAGAAUUUGCCGGAUCCCAAACGUAAAUUUCACUUGGAUGAGCACAGAGAUGGAGAAGGGGGAGAUGAAGAGCCAGUCCAUCGAGGAACUAGGUGGUAUUAUCAAGAUGGACAAGCCUGUUACAUAAUGGAUGCCAAAUCUCAGGGCAAUAUAGGAAGAUAUCUUAAUCAUAGCUGUAACCCCAAUGUCUUUGUACAGAAUGUAUUUGCUGACACACAUGAUCUCAGGUUUCCAUGGGUGGCCUUCUUCACCUUGCAGUACGUGAGAGCUGGGACUGAGCUGACCUGGAAUUUAGUAUAUUUGUGUGUUGUAGGUACGUGAGAGCUGGGACUGAGCUGACCUGGAAUUUAGUAUAUUUGUGUGUUGUAGGUACGUGAGACCUGGGACUGAGCUGGGAUUUAGUAUUUUUGUGUGUUGUAGGUACGUGAGAGCUGGGACUGAGCUGAGGUUUAGUAUAUUUGUGUGUUGUAGGUACGUGAGAGCUGGGACUGAGCUGAGAUUUAGUAUUUUUGUGUGUUGUAGGUAUGUGAGAGCUGGGACUGAGCUGACCUGGAAUUUAGUAUAUUUGUGUGUUGUAGGUAUGUGAGAGCUGGGACUGACCUGAGGUUUAGUAUAUUUGUGUGUUGUAGGUAUGUGAGAGCUGGGACUGACCUGAGGUUUAGUAUAUUUGUGUGUUGUAGGUACGUGAGAGCUGGGACUGAGCUGACCUGGAAUUUAGUAUUUUUGUAUGUUGUAGGUACAUGAGAGCUGGGACUGACCUGAGGUUUAGUAUAUUUGUGUGUUGUAGGUACAUGAGAGCUGGGACUGACCUGAGGUUUAGUAUAUUUGUGUGUUGUAGGUACGUGAGAGCUGGGACUGACCUGAGGUUUAGUAUAUUUGUGUGUUGUAGGUAUGUGAGAGCUGGGACUGAGCUGACCUGGAAUUUAGUAUUUUUGUGUGUUGUAGGUACGUGAGAGCUGGGACUGAGCUGAGGUUCAGUAUUUUUGU